UUUAGUCUUUAUUGUACUCCGUCUCUUCUUCCCCACCAUUUACUAUCUCAGGGUGGUUUUGGUUUGCUUCCCCAGACAGGCCUUUGGAGUUGCUGCACCUCCCCCAGCUUUUGCUUUCUUUCUCCUCUCUCCAAGCAAAGGUUUCUUUUUUUAGGUUUGUUGUGUGCGUAUAUUCUUGGUAAAAUUCAUGUCAGGUGGUUUAUACGCUCAAAGUUUCUCGCCCGCCAGAACUCUAUCUCCACGUAUAAGAAGCAACCCGGAUGUCGACAGUCAAUACUUGGCAGAGUUGUUAGCAGAGCACCAAAAACUUGGACCCUUCAUGCAAGUCCUUCCUAUCUGUAGCCGACUCUUGAAUCAAGAGAUAUUAAGGAUUUCUGGAAUGAUCCCCAAUCAUGGAUUUGGCGACUUCAACAGAGUGCAGCAUGGAAGCCCUAGCCCUAUGGCUUCAUUUGAUAUAAUGCAAAAUUCUAGAGGAACCGGUUCCAGUGGUUGGAAUGGCCUGCCACACGAAAGAGUAGGAGGACUACAAGGGAUGAAUAUGGGUUGGCAAGCAGCACCAGCAAGCCCAAGUUCCUAUAUUGUAAAGAGAGUUUUGCGCUUGGACAUUCCUGCGGAUAGCUAUCCGAAUUUCAACUUUGUUGGCCGGCUGCUGGGCCCUAGAGGCAAUUCACUAAAGCGGGUGGAAGCUUUUACAGGUUGCCGUGUGUUUAUUCGAGGAAAAGGUUCAAUAAAAGACCCAGACAAGGAGGAGUCGUUAAGGGGAAGACCAGGUUUUGAGCAUCUGAAUGAUCCACUGCACAUUUUAAUUGAGGCUGAAUUACCUCCCAAUGUAAUUGAUAUACGGUUGAGACAAGCACAAGAUAUUUUAGAAGAACUUCUCAAACCUGUGGAUGAAUCACAGGAUUUCUAUAAGACCCAACAAUUGAGGGAACUGGCUGUGCUAAAUUCUAAUUUUAGAGAAGAGAGCCCUCAACUGAGUGGUAGCAUCUCUCCUUUCACCUCCAGUGGAAUGAAACGGGCCAAAACUGGUCAAUAGUGAAUUAUUUAGUUUAACCUCCCUCCUAUUCUUCUCGAUUCAUGGCCCUUGUUGUGUCUCACUUCUGUAUGGCACAAAGAACCUUUGCUGUCUGCUGAUAUCUCUGAAGCGUUAAGAUGGGUGUAUUUUUCAGUAACAUAAUCUUUAACAGGGGAGAUGGGAAAGAGAAAUUCUUUCAGCUUUUGUCUUGGGGGUUGUUUGCACUUGUAAUGUAUAACUUUAACGUUGACCGGUUUAUAUUUGACAAGUCUUGAAUA